AUCAUCCAGAGCAUUUAUCUCACCAACAAACAGACAGACCUCACCGAGACUGUAUGCACAGUUUGCACACUGCCAUCCCUUCCGGAACUCUGGAACCAUGAAGGCCUUGUUGGAACGAGGGUGGCGUGUCUCCGCCUCAAGCCAAGAAGAUGUUCCUCAUUCCGCCAAAGAGUCGUUGGCCUGGGCCUUGCACACUGACAUGAAAGAAUUUGGCGAGGCCUUUGUCGUGGAUUGGCUAGCCAAGGCUCAAGAGGAUAGUCAAAGUCGACAAUGGGUUAGCGUCCCUCCCGAGGGCCUGGUGCUUCAAGUGAGCCGCGUGAGGAAUGUUGCCGCACCGAAGAUUAAAGAGGAUGCGGCUUCGGUGCCGAAACUGCACAAGAUAUCACUGACCGAUGGGCACGGUCUUUGUCACGCUAUAGAAAAGCGGAGAAUUGAAUCGAUUAGUUCGAAGAUUCCCCCGGGCACAAAAGUGCGGUUGCAACCCGGUCAGCGCAUCCAGUGCAAAAGCGGGUUUCUGCUGUUAGAGCCCGGUCAUGUGGAUGUGUUAGGGGGGAAAGUCGAGGCUCUACUGGAAAAAUGGGCCAUCAGCCAGGAGUUGGCUCAUUUCACUCGAGCCAAGCCAGCUGGGGUGGGUGGGCCACCUCCCUGGGUGGCCUUUGGGAAACGCAUUGGAGGAGAAGGCUCGGCCGAUGCGGGUUUUAAGGCUUUACCUAAGGGUGAAACGGACAAAGAUGGCGUGGUCAAAGAAAGCGUAGAAUUCGAGUCUCAACGAAAAGAUGCCAUUGAGGAGGCCGCAAGGCAAGGCGGCAAGAAGGUCUUUGGCGGUGGAACAAAAGAGGUCAAAGACGGGGAUCGAAGACAGCACAACAACCGAUAUGCCAAUAAAGCGCCAGAGGGGGAAGAGGAGUCUUCUGGAACAAGGAGCCGUGGCCGAGGGGGUCGGGGGGGUCGCGGACGAAGAGGUGGGAAUUACGACGACGAAGAUGACGAGUCGGGAUUCGCCUCAUCGCGUCCCUCGACCGGGGUAUCAUUGUUUUCGUUUCUCGAAAAGGAACUGCCGGAAUCAGCCAAAGGCCAAGCCGAUCGUGAGCCCAAACCCAAUCGACAAGGAGGUCAUACUCAGGGCGGUCCCAAUCGUACCAAUUACCGUGAUCAACCCAACCGAGAGUUUCAGGGGGGAAAUUCUUCGAGACGAGAUAGAGGUGGGGGUCAUUCUGGUCGAGAUGAUGGUUUUCAUGGCGAAGUAAACCAACGAAACGGAAACCAUCGAGAUGGAAAUCCUCGGGAAGGUCAUUUUCGGGACGGUACCCAACGAGACGGCAACCAACGAGGCCGAAACAAGCGCGGGAGAGGCCGUGACUCCCGCGAAUCUCAAGCUCCAUCGCGGCAAUUGGAAGUGGCUCCACGCCACGAGCGCCAAGGUCGUGGCGGCGGAAAUCGAUCCACUUAUGACCGCGACCCACCUUCAUUUCACCCUUCAUUGUAUUCGAAUAACGAGCCGCACGGAAACCCGAACGAACGAGCCAAAAGGGGAGGGAAACGAGGACGAGGAGGCUCACGCCAACCUCAAGACGAUCGAGACUUUGGCGAGUGGGAAAACAGCACUUACACAAAUGCUAAGUCCCACCCGCCACCGCCCCAUCAUGGUCGAGAUCGGGCUCCCCCGACUUACGCCAUGAACGACCUGACGGAGAUGAUGCACGGUGCGACCAUGAAUCACCCACAACCCCCACCACCUCUAAUACCUCCUCUCAAUCAUCAUGUUGACCCAAAAACUUCCAGCUUCGGUGCUCCUCCCAUGGUCGCUCAUGGUGAGGCCACCCGCGGACAACGAGUCGGCGGUCGCGGACAAUCCCAUUCCACCCCAAGACCAACUGGCGGUCGUGCUUGGAAAGAGGGCGACUUGUGUCUGGCCAAGUACUGGGAAGACGGACAAUUCUACAUGUCUCAGGUUACAGCCGUGGGCCAAAAUACGGUAGUGGUUCUCUUUCCCGAAUAUGGCAACCACGAGGAAGUCUUACUGCAAGACCUCAAGUCCUUGCCCGGCUCCAGCCACCAUCGCAGUGGUCGAGGCGGUGGAGGAUUUUCCGGUCGCGGUCGGUAUCCCAGCCAAGCGCAUCCCACAAUCGCUGCCACGCCCGGGUUGCCACCAGCCUUUCCUUCGACUUGAUCAACCUCAUCUCAUUUGGUGUCUCGUUGUGUUUAACGGCUUACUCUCAAUAUAUUUCUUCUGAUUUUAACUCUA